AUGGUGCCUCUAGCUGAUAUUUUCCCGGCCUUUGAUCACUGUGCUCGUCUCAUUUCAAAAUGCAUCAAACACAAACACUUAAAGGUUGGUAUGUCCUUGCACUCCCACCUUAUCAAAACCGCACUCUCAUAUGACCUCUUCCUUGCAAACCGUCUUAUCGACAUGUAUUCCAAAUGUAAUUCUAUGGAAAAUGCACAGAAGGCAUUUGAUGAUUUACCCAUUAGAAAUGUUCACUCUUGGAAUACCAUUCUUGCCUUGUACACACGCAUUGGAUGUUUGAGUCAAGCUCGUAAGUUCUUUGAUGAAAUGCCUCAUCCAAAUAUCAUUAGCUACAAUACCUUGAUUUAUAGCUUUACUCGCCAUGGGUUGUAUGUAGAAUCAAUGAAUAUCUUUCGAAAAAUGCAACAAGAUUUUGAUCUUUUAGUCUUGGACGAGUUUACUCUUGUGAGUAUAGCGGGUACUUGUGCUUGUUUGGGUGCUCUGGCACUGUUGCGUCAGAUUCAUGGAGCAGCUAUUGUCAUUGGAUUGGAGUUUAAUGUGAUUGUUUCCAAUGCUAUUAUUGAUGCUUAUGGCAAAUGUGGUGAACCAGAUACGUCAUACUCUAUUUUCAGUCAGAUGCAGGAGAGAGAUGUUGUUACCUGGACCUCAAUGGUUGUAGCAUAUGCUCAGACAUCCAGGUUAGAUGAUGCUUUUCGUGUGUUCAGUUGUAUGCCGAUGAAAAAUGUCCAUACUUGGACUGCUUUGAUUAAUGCUUUUGCAAAAAACAAGUAUAGCAAUGAGGCCCUGGAUUUGUUUGAACAAAUGCUGGAGGAGAAAAUUUCUCUUAAUUCUUUCACAUUUGUAGGUGUUUUAAGUGCUUGUGCAGAUCUUGCUUUGAUAGCAAAAGGCAAACAGAUUCAUGGACUCAUAAUCAGAAGUAGCUGUAGCCUUAAUUUUCUGAACGUAUACAUAUAUAAUGCCUUAAUUGAUAUGUACAGUAAGAGUGGUGACAUGAAAUCAGCUAGGACGUUGUUUAAUUUGAUGCCUGAAAAGGAUGUAGUGUCGUGGAAUUCAUUGAUAACUGGGUUUGCCCAGAAUGGGCUUGGAAAGGAAGCACUUAUUGCCUUUAGAAGGAUGAUAGAAGUAGGGAUAAGGCCUAAUAAAGUGACGUUUCUUGGUGUGCUGUCUGCCUGUUCCCAUACUGGUUUGUUAUCUGAAGGGUUAUAUCUUCUGGAGUUAAUGGAAAAGUUUUUUGGUAUUAAGCCUAGUUUAGAUCAUUAUGCAGUUUUGAUUGAUAUGUUUGGAAGAAAAAAUAGACUUGCAGAAGCAUUGGAUUUAAUAGCUAGAGCACCCAAUCGAUCAAACCACGUUGGAAUAUGGGGUGCAGUUUUGGGGGCUUGUCGAAUGCAUGAAAAUUUGGAUCUGGCUAUGAGUGCUGCAGAAACUUUGUUUGAGAUGGAGCCAGAUAAUGCCGGAAGGUAUGUGAUGUUAGCUAAUAUAUUUGCUGCAGCAAGUAGAUGGAUGGAUGCCCAUAAUGUGAGAAAACUUAUGGAGGAAAGAGGUUUCAAGAAGGAAGUAGCAUAUAGCUGCAUAGAAAUAAGAAAUAGAGGACAUAAGUUUGUGGCAAGAGAUAACUCCCAUAGUCAGAUGGGCGAGAUAUAUGAGCUAAUGUUUAUACUACUAGAUCAUAUGAAAAAUUUUGGUUGCAUGCCCUUUGACAACGGUAUUUACUUUUAUGAUGGAUAUGGUAUUUGA